CUGUCUAGCAAAAGAAGUCGGCAAGCAUAUAUAACUCAUGAUACAACGUGCUUCAGUACUCAUUAUCCAACGUCGUCGUCGUCUCAUCUUACAAUGAAGCUCUCCCUUGCCAUCGUUGCCGUGUGGGUUCUCGCCGCAACCGCAAUCGCCACUCCCAUUUCCACGGAAGAGGAGAAGGCUGUGUCUCCCGGCUUUGAGGAAACCUGGGUUCAGUAUUACCGUCGCGAGAACACUGGGUUGCAAGAGAUGGAGCACGAGCCACCCAAAGACGCAGCUGCUCCUGCCGGAGUCGAUGGACCUUUCGGUGGCUACUACCGCCGAUGAAAGAACAGUGGUAUGCAAGAGAGGGAGUCCAGCCCGCUCGAGGGAAAGCCAAAGUAAGAGGAAUCUUCUUCGGAGUUCGAGGAAGCCUGGGUGCUGCAAUACUGCAAGAGAGAUGGUCUGGAGGAGAGCAGUUCUGGGUCCCUUGGAUCGUAGAUCCACGCGC